GAUGGAGAAACUGAGCAGCAGAGAGGGCUAGUGGCCACUGCGAUACUCUGCCAGUAGAAAGAGUCCUGCCCCUACCACUACGUUCCUGGAUCCGAUGGCCCAGGAGGGGGAGCGACAGGGACCACGGAUACUGCUGACUCUUCGGAACAGGCUAACAUGGAGCCAGACCAUUCGGCCCUGAGUGCAGCCCGGGCCCUGUUCGUGGAUGUGGACGAGUGCGGGCCAGAGGCCAUGGACGUGAAAGAGAGGAAGCCGUACCGCUCGCUGACCCGGCGCCGCGACGCUGAGCGCCGCUACACCAGCUCGUCAGCGGACAGUGAGGAGGGCAAAGCCCCACAGCAGUCCUACAGCUCCAGCGAGACCCUGAAGGCCUAUGACCAGGACGCCCGCCUCGCCUACAGCAGCCGCGUCAAGGACAUGGUGCCGCAGGAGGCCGAGGAGUUCUGCAGGGCAGGGACCAACUUCACUCUACGUGAGCUGGGCCUGGGGGAAGUGACACCCCCUCACGGGACCCUGUACCGGACCGACAUCGGCCUCCCACACUGCGGCUACUCCAUGGGGGCCAGCUCCGAUGCUGACAUGGAGGCUGACACGGUCCUGUCCCCAGACCCUCCCGUGAGGCUGUGGGCCCGCAGCACCCGGUCAGGCCGCAGCUCCUGCCUGUCCAGCCGAGCCAACUCCAACCUCACGCUCACCGACACGGAGCACGAGAACACCGAGACUGAUCACCCGGGCGGCCUGCAGAACCACCCGCGGCUCCGGACG